AUGGAUCCGUUGAGCUUGGCAGCCAGCAUCGCUGGAGUUGCCACUGCCGCGUUUCAGAUCAUCGGGUUUCUGGGAACCAUCGUGUCGGGAGGAAAAGAGCGGCUGUCACUCCUUCAAGAAUUGUCGAAUUUGUGGAUCACGAUCACAGCCCUCCAAGCACAACUUGCCCCGGAUGGAAAUGUCAUCGACGAAGAAAAUUUCCCGCCGCAAUUACUGACGCUUUUCGAGUCUGACGGGAUUCUGAAAGAGCUCGAAAGUCUGGUUGAGGAUGUUGAGAAAAAACUCAAGCCUCGUUCGACGCGUGGAAGCAUUCGGCAAACACUCGCAUGGCCGAUAUCGAAGGCGGACGUGAUCCAAAUUGUGGCCAAGAUAUCACGGAUGCAGCAGACGUUGCAUUUUGCUCUUGAACAAUCCAAUUAUGCGCUCACGAAAGAGAUCCAUCGCGAUGGGCAGGCAAUGAAAGCCACCAUGGACGAGACGCGGCUAAAGGAGAUGAUUGAGUGGUUGUCUCCGCUGAAUUUCGUCGCAAAGCAAAGCCUCCUUUUCAAAGAACAGCAUGAAGGAACAUGUAAAUGGUUCCUGGGAUGCGAAGAAGUUCGAGGAUGGAAGGAAAGUGAAAACGCCAUUCUAUUUUGUCCAGGGAUCCCAGGCGCCGGAAAGACGAUGCUGUCCUCCAUCGUGGUGAAUGAACUGGACAAACUUCGACUGAGUGAAAAGGGUGGUGUCACAGAUGCAGCAAUCUUGAUGCUUUAUUGCAAAUGGGACGACUCACACUCUCAAUCUAUCAAUGGUCUGCUCGCAAGCUUGGUCAAGCAGAUUGUCCAGCGCUAUGGUGUCUUCUGGGAAGGGACACCCGAGAUGUUUUCCAAGCACAGCAAGGCCGGCACGAGUCCAGGCAGCGACGAGUAUGUGAAAGCUCUCAAUUCUGAGCUUCGGCACUUUCCAAAAACUUUCAUCGUUGUGGAUGGACUCGAUGAGCUACGAGAUGAGAAGAGCAGGUUAGUGCUCUUGGAAACCCUAACUUCGCUGGAGGCGAAGGUCAAUAUCAUGGUUACAUCUCGACCAGUUGAUAAUAUCACACGACAUUUUGCCGAUAUUGAAAGAAACAUAUGUUGCGAUGGCUGUUCAAAAGAUAAUCAGCGCUAUCAAUUCCGUUGCUGUGACUGCGACGAGGCAGUCUCUGAUGGAUUCGACCUUUGCGAGGAGUGCCAUGACAAAGGAGAAAGAUGUGGCCAAAAAGGCCAUAUACUGGUCAAGCAAUUCAACAGCACCAGAAUCGACAUCACAGCUAUGGAACAAGAUUUACUAGCGUAUGUCAAGUGGCGAGUCGGCUCGUCAGACUUUCUUCAGCGUUGUGUUGACACCAAAACUGGUCUCAUGGCAGACAUUGUGGAGACGGUUGUUGAGAAAAAUGACGGGAUGUUCCUCCUCGCAAGAUUUAAUAUGGAUACGCUUGCAUCAAAACUGAGACCUGGAGAAGUCGUCGAGGCAUUGAACGUCCUUCCAAAAGAGUUGAAUGGUACAUACAAUGAUGCAAUGCUUCGAAUCAAAGACUUGCCUGAAAGCCAGAAGGACGUGGCAAUGGACCUUCUUCGAUGGGUCGUCUUUGCCGAACGCCCUUUGCAAUGUCGUGAAAUUGAGCACGCAAUUGCUAUCACCGACAAAGACCGGGACAUUGAUCCGGAUAAUAUCAUUCGUGUUCAAAUCCUGGCUUCGAUGUGUGCCGGAUUGGUGAAAUUCGAUGAAUCCGACUGCGUCAGACUAGUUCACUACUCAGCCAAGAAUUACUUUUCCGAAACUGAAAAUCAGGACCGCUGGUUUCCUGAGGGUGCUAUAAAGCUGACUUCAAACUGCUUAACUUACCUCAUGUUUGAUCAGUUUCAGCAGGGAGCCUGCUCCGGUCCUUCUGAAGCAACUGAUUUUGACGCAAGAGUUCAGGCUUACCCUUUCCUUCGAUAUGCCGCAGAGCAUUGGGGCAAGCAUCUUCUGAAAAAUCCGCGCGAUGACCUGUUUAAUAUUGCGCGAGCGCUUAUCCUCGACUCUCAACGCUUCGCAGCUAUAUCCCAAGCACUGUGGUACUUUGACGAUGAAGAUUCUACUAGUUGGGCCGGCAGGGAUGGCAGCACUCCCUUACACCUUGCUACCCAUUUUGGCCUGAACAAAUUGGUGACUGAGCUUCUUGCAGGUGGCAUUGAUCCUAACGUCCGGGACCUGAAUGGCGUUACACCUCUAGCUUUGGCCGCUGCACGUGGUUCUCAUGAGGUAGUCUCAACUUUGAUCACCGCUGGUGCAAAUGUUAACUCCGUGGACAAUGUCGGCAGCAGUCCACUAUACGUAUCUGCUCAAAAUGGCCAUGAAAAUACAGUGAAGGUUCUCUUGGAUCAGGACAAUAUUGAUGUGAACCUCCUUGUUGCGGAAUUUACAUCGCUGAUGACUGCCGCAUACCAAGGGCACCUUGGGGUGGUAAAGGUUCUCUUACGCAAGCCUGGGAUUGACAUCAACAAAGGCUCCAGAUCCCGUGGAACGACUGCGCUGAUGCUUGCAGCCCUUGGUAACGAAGAGGAAGUGGUCGAUGCUCUUCUGACUCAUCCUGACAUCAAGAUCAACAUGCAAGACAAAGCUGGAUCAACCGCUCUACUCAUGGCUGCAGAAGAUGGCCAUCGCCGUAUUGUCGAAAAGCUUCUUGACCGUGGCGCGGAUACAGAGGUCCUGCAAGAGGGAUCGCUUGGAACUGCUAUCAAUAGAGCGAUUGAUUACAAUCAGAUACCCGUUGUUGAACUGCUGCUGGAUCGAGGUGCGAAUGUUCACCAUAAAGAUGUCUUCCAACGUGGAAUGCUACACGCUGCCGCUAUCAAUGCCCAAAGUGAAAUUAUUGCAAUCUUGCUCAAAUUUGAUCCUACGCUGGACGUCAAUAUGCAGGAUGUCAAUGGAAAAACAACGCUCCAUGACGCGGCCCGCUCAGGAUCUGCAUCAACAGUUAGGGUCUUGCUAUUGCAUGGUGCCGAUCCAACCAUAAAAGAUAGCUAUGGCCGGACGCCCAUCUAUGUCGCCCGCGAGACAAAUCAACCUGACAUUGUAAAGCUAUUGCGGGGAGCACGGCUAGCCCAGAAAAUGCAGGCAAACGACACCGAGCUUCCAAGUCAGGCUCUUCAACGGACCGAAACAGGCACCAUAAUCCAAUCGCCUAAACGUACGGAUACCGAGAUGUCGGUCAACGAGCCGUUACCUUUAUGGGCCUUGGCUAGUGCCGAGUCAGUUGAAGAGCUGCGUGAACGACUCCCAACAGCUACAGCAUCAGAGAUCAGUGCACAGGAUCCAGAUGUCGGUGACUCGGCACUCCACUACAGCGCCACUAAGAACAACAGUGAAAUCGCGCGCUUACUGAUUGAGCAUGGGGCACCUGUGAGCCUACCCAACAACUACGGUCGAACACCUCUACAUCUGACAGCCCUCUAUAACGGCCCGGAAGUUGCAGACAUCCUGUUGGCUGCAGGUGCUGAAGUCGACUUAAAGGAUGAGUGGGGCGAAACCGCCCUGGAGACAGCCACCACUCAGGAAGUGAAGAUCUGUCCUACAUUGGUUGAGCACGGGGCUGCCUUGCCCAAAGGACGUCAUGAGCUGAACAUCUUGCUCGACCUAGCUGUCAUAUAUGGCAAUGAAAUUGCUGUUCGAAGACUAGUGGGAGCUGGUGCUGAAGUUUGGAGAAAGAACUCACUGGGACACACGCCAUUUGCAUUGGCUCGGCUUUAUAACCAUGAGGGUAUCGCCAAUUCGCUCCUGGAACUCGGGAAACUGGCCGAUCUGCCAUCAUCCCAGGAAUCUAUCAACAUCUCUGAAGACGGAACUUUAUCAUCAGAGACAGGCCAGAAAACACCCCCAGUUAACUCGCCUCCAACAGAAACCCAGGAGAGUAUCGAAACUUCAACUGCCUCCCCAGACCUCGUGUCAUCUUUGGGCGACUCUCUUACGACUUCCAACUCCGAGAAGCAGAUCGCUGAGUCGACAGAGACACUUUCGAAGGAGGAUACACACAACGCGAAAAACAUCACAGCGAAGCCUUCGGUAAUGGCGAAGAGCAGCCUAGCAGGAGAGUGGUCGAAGACCAUAUUCCCCAGCAAUUCGGUCCUUUGGAUCCUUAUAGCAAUAUUGAGUAUAGCUGUUGCUACUUUGUCCAUAUCAUGA